CUGAUCUGUUUUCCGCCUUUUUUUUUUCUGCUGCCGCUUUGGAAGGGUGGCGUGCUUUGCUCAGCGACUCGAACUGAAUCCUGUGACAGCGAUUCAAAGCAUCUUUCAUCGCGCCUUCUUCUUUUUCUUUUUGUUAAAUGACCAACGAUACAUUUCCGUCUACGAAUGGCUUCGACGAUGAGGAACCACACUUUUCAGAACCUACGGCGCCGCUUUCGGCCUAUGUCGAUUACACACCUCGAAGGACAUUCACCUUCAGGCACCCCGAUCCCAUUCUGGAAGCUCAUCCCAAUGAUCUAACUCUGUCGCGUCAAAGUCGCGCUUAUUACUUUCACCAAUUGGCUAUGCAAGAACAUAUGCAUGCCACUUCCCCGGAUCGUCAUCCCAGCGAUCUUGCUUCUCAAAGUUAUAUGGACUCGCCAUUUGUUCGCAGAGAUUUAGGCGUCAGCAGUGAUAUUGCCAUCUUUGAUAAAAACGAGUCCGAACUUACCAGUAAGCUCAAAGAACGGUCGAUGCUGGAAAAUAGGUCCAAAGAGUGGACGGUCGCAGAUUUCGAUGUGGGUGAACAUCUCGGUACAGGCAAAUUUGGUACAGUCUACGUCGCUCGCGAGAAAAAGAGCCAGCAUAUUGUGGCUCUCAAGAUAUUGAAAAAGGAAGAGAUUGAAAAAGCCAAAGUGAUCCGCUUUGUGAAGCGCGAAAUCGAAAUCCAGUCGCAUUUAAAUCAUCCAAACAUAUUGAGACUCUACGGUUACUUUCACGAUAGAGACCAUGUAUAUAUUGUACUCGAAUACGCAGCUGAAGGUGAAUUAUAUACCAAAUUACAAAAGCGCGGGCGCUUCACAGAACCUACAGCAGCAAAAUAUAUAGCACAAAUUACCAAUGCAUUGCGAUAUCUCCACAGUCUCGGUGUAAUUCACAGAGAUCUCAAACCCGAAAAUGUCUUGAUCGGUCGAGACGGGCAAGUGAAAUUAGCGGACUAUGGAUGGUCCGUUCAUGAUCCAGCGCCUCGUCGACGUACAUUUUGUGGCACAUUGGACUAUUUACCGCCGGAGAUGAUUGAGAAUAAGCUUCACACCGAAAAAGUCGAUGUAUGGGCACUCGGUGUUUUGUGCUACGAACUCCUCGUGGGAUCUCCUCCAUUUGAGGAUUUGGCCGGUUAUGUCGAAACCUAUAACCGUAUUAUUCGAGCUUCUUACACGCUGCCGGACGACCUGAGUUUGAUGGCGAAAAACUUUAUUGCAAAGGUACAUCAUCCCCCCACAAGUAUAUCGCCAUGCUGCCAUAAGAAAAACUUACGUCUUCCUCCCUUCUCUCCCUCCCCUUAUUUUUUCCUUUAGUUACUGCAAAGCAACCCAAGUAAGCGACCGUCAUUGGCAGAAAUCGAAGACCAUGCGUGGAUCAAGAGAUAUACCCAUCGUGAUGGAAAAGCAUAGUAAAGAAAUCUUUAGCUUUGAUUCCAUGCAAAAA